CUCCGGUGUUAAACGAGCAGCAUUAGCAUUCGAUGCUACUAUUUUUGCUGCAUUGAGUAAGCGGGUUUGUGUCAUUUCUAACAGCCACGUUGGACAUUUUACAAUUUUUUGCAUCAUAAACAUCGGAUCUGAAUCGAAGGGAUCGAGUGAUCAUGGCAGAUCCUGCACGGAUUAAAUCUGAAGGCGCUCCGGAGAGGACAGCUGCCGCUCCAGAUGACCAUCCCAAAUCAGAAAAAGCUGAAAAUGUGCCCGCCACAGAAAAACCUGCUGAUGAAAACAAAGAGUCGUCCUCGCAAGAUCAGUCAAAACAGGAGAUCAAGGCUGAAACUGCUGCAGGAGAAGAUGAGGAGGAAGGAACAUCUGGUCAGCCUCCAAACAAAAGACUUAAAGUCGAGCCAGAGAAGAAAAAGGAGAAAAGACACAAAGUAGAUGAAGAUGAAAUACAAAAGAUGCAGGUUUUGGUAUCAUCGUUUUCAGAAGAGCAGCUCAACCGUUACGAGAUGUACAGGCGUUCUGCCUUUCCUAAAGCUGCCAUUAAAAGGUUGAUCCAGUCUAUAACAGGAUCCUCAGUGUCCCAGAAUGUGGUGAUUGCAAUGUCUGGCAUUGCCAAAGUUUUUGCUGGUGAAAUAGUUGAAGAAGCAUUAGAUGUUUGUGAGAAGUGGGGAGACACGCCACCUCUCCAGCCAAAGCACAUGAGGGAAGCCGUGAGGAGGUUGAAGAGCAGAGAUCAGAUUCCCAACACCAAAUAUAAGAACAUUCUCUUUCAGUGAAAGACCUGCGCUGUGGAUUCGAUCAGGACGCCGCGCCAGUGAUUCAAAAAAGGAAUGGAUCACAUGUGGGAAGUCCGAUUUUAAAUUUACUGAACUCACACUGCAGAUGAAUCAGAAGAGACAUUUCUGGUUAAUCACUGUUGUGCUGAACGUUUACAACAGUGGACCCAUGUUCCUCAUCUGAACUGAAAUCACAUUUUACACGUUACACUUUUUCUUGUUUGACUUGUAUCUCAAUUUUAUUGAAAGUCUUCUGUCUCAGUUCCAAAAGUUCAAUGUAUUGCUUUUAUGCUGACAAUGAUUUUUAUUUCUGAUUUGACAUUUAGAAAAGAUAAGUAAAUGUAUUAUUUUUUCACACACUUCAUGUAAUUAGUGAAUCAUUUACAUUAAGGUGAAUACAAAGUAGCAAAGUAACUACUGUGAAAUGUGAAACUUUGUCUACAAUGAAUGAAAAUGGACUCUGUAUUUCCCUUUGUUUGUCUGUUUGAGGCAAACUAAAGCAAUUCCAGGUUAUGAACUUUCAAACCCACCAGGCAGUGGAUAUCCUGUGGAAGCAAACAUUUUCUAUUAAAAAUAAGGACAAAAAAAAUGAAAUCUGUUGAGCAAUUAGUCAUUUAUUCUUUUUUCACUUAAAAUAUUUUCUACACACUAGUUGUGGUUCACAGAACCAAUUGAAUAUUAGUCUCAAUGAGGUGAUGAAAACAUUAAAAAUUGAACAAAAUUCUUCACAACUGACAAAAAAAAAAAAUACUGUCCAGUCUCCCCACCAUUGCAUUAUUUAAAGAGAUUUCACAAUGACUCGCCUGCCAUCUUUUGAAGUGAUUCACAUCCAAAA